GGCCACUCAAGAUGCAAUCAGAAAUCGAUCAUACCGUUGUUCCCGGUGCAUCCCACUUAAUUGAUAUGGACCAUGUGGAAGAGGGCGUUGCUCAAACCAAAGAGAGUAUUGUUUUAAUUCCAACUGCCUCGGAUGAUCCUAACAUCCACUUUCCCCUCCCUUUUAAUUUUUACUAACUUUUAGU